AUGGACCCCUCCGUCAGAUCCCACUACCUCGCCGACAAUCCUCCCACCGUUGUACAACUAGAGAUCGCUCCUCAUUUCGCUGCUCUUUCGGCCAAACAAAAACGUUAUGCUCAUCAUCUGAGCAAAGCCUGCUUUUAUGGCACAAGGGUGACCUUGGCACAGGUAUCGCCUGAAUCGCCAGUCAUCUAUGAUCUGAUCCUGGCCCUACAUCGUGCUUGCGGGGGGGAUUACAAGAAGUUGUCCGAUGGUACGUCGGUGGGCUCCGAUGAUAUCACCCUCUGGCUUGAAUAUGCCGCUCAGUUCUUGGGAAAUUGUGGCAAUUAUAAAGGCUUUGGAGACUCCAAGUUUAUUCCCAGGAUCUCUCCCGAGGCAUUUGAGCAACUGUGUACCGUGAACGAAGAAUGCAAGAAAUUACAUACCACGGCCUCACAGACAGGAGGUGGAAUCUAUGAGACGAAAGAUGUGGCGCUGAUGCACCUUGGCUACCCUGAAGCCGGGCACAUGACUGCAUACUAUCCAGACUCUCCUACCAUAACGAAAGAGGAGAUUUCGACCGUGGGCGAUGUGUUAGAAGAGAAGAAGCUGUUGAUCGAGAACACUCGAUUACGCAAGCUGGCCUCUGGAGACUUCGAGUUGCUGAUUGCUUCUGGGGUUCAGAAUCCACCAGCAUCAGAACGAGAUCUGGGUGAACUGUCGACUAUUGAUCUGACAGGAAAGCUCUCUGGGAAGAAGCUACAUCUCGUGUUUGGGGACUACCUGAACGAGAUGACUAAGAUUGCCCUUGAAAUCAAGAAAGCGAAAAAGGAGGCCGCCAACGAAAUCGAGGAGAAGAUGAUGGACGAAUAUGCUAGGUCAUUCGGCACCGGCAGUAUUCAAGGUUUUGUUGAAUCUCAGCGGUAUUGGAUCAAAGAUAAGAAGCCCAUGGUAGAGACGGAUAUUGGGUUUGUGGAAACCUACAGAGACCCCCAUGGAGUCCGUGGUGAGUGGGAGGGCUUUGUCGCCAUGGUCAAUCAAGAGCGAACUAGAGCGUUCGGCAAACUCGUGGAUGCUGCACCGAGUAUGAUCCCGAAGCUCCCAUGGGAUAAAGACUUUGAGAAGGACAAGUUUUUGAGCCCUGAUUUUACAUCUCUUGAAGUACUGAGCUUUGCCGGCAGUGGCAUCCCGGCCGGUAUAAACAUCCCCAACUACGACUUCAUCAGACAAAACGAAGGCUUCAAGAACGUCUCUUUGGGGAAUGUCCUCAGUGCCAAGGCCCCAAAAGAGCCUAUACCUUUUAUUCGUGCACAGGACGAUGAAUUAUACCGCCAGUAUAGGGACGGAGCUUUCGAGGUUCAGGUUGGCAUUCACGAGCUUCUGGGACACGGCUGCGGAAAACUGCUGCAGGAGACGUCACCAGGAGAGUACAACUUCGAUGUCAAGAACCCUCCGACAAGUCCCGUCACAGGCAAAGCAGUGAGCUCAUGGUACAAACCUGGCCAGACUUGGUCUAGCGUAUUUGGUUCCAUUGCUUCAUCGUACGAGGAGUGCCGAGCAGAAUGCGUGGCCAUGGCCCUGUCAUGCGAUUUUGAGAUCUUGGAGAUUUUUGGCUUCGGCAAUGGCAAGCAAGACAUGGGCAACGAAGCAGGCGAUGUUCUCUACGUUGCUUACCUCCAGAUGGCCAGAGCAGGCGUUGCGGCUCUCGAGUAUUGGGAUCCCAAGUCACGGAAGUGGGGACAAGCUCACAUGCAAGCUCGGUUCUCGAUCCUACGGACUUUUAUGAAUGCAGGCGGGAAUUUCUGCGAGAUCAAGGCUCCAAAUGGAGAUUUGAACAGCCCUGAUGACCUUGAGAUCUUCCUCGACCGAAGCAAGAUUCUUUCACACGGCCGACCAGCAGUCGAGGACUAUCUCCAGAAGCUGCACAUCUACAAAGCAACAGCCGAUUUUGAAGCGGGCAAGAAACUGUACGACGACAUCACCAGUGUCGACACUUGGUGGGCGGAGAAAGCAAGACCCAUUGUCCUCAACAAAAAGACUCCUCGAAAGGUGUUUGUGCAAGCCAACACAGUCCUGGACGAGCAGACUGGUGAAGUCAAGUUGGUUGAGUAUAAGCCGACGAUUGAAGGCAUGGUGCAAAGCUAUGUUGAACGGGACGUCUAG